AUGUCAGUGGAGGAGGGCGAACAGCAGGGGGCGCUGCAGGCACAGUGUGCUGGAGGGAAAUACCUGAUGAAGAGCGUUAGCAGCGUGGUUGAGGCAGGAAUAGCACAGCUGCGGCUAAAGUUAGACCGGCCUGCGCAGGGGUAUAUAAGCCCCCGGCGAUGUACGUAUUACGCGGCUUCACACUGUCUUCUCCUCCUUGAUCAGCCAAACCAUCACUCUCACCGUCUCAAGAUGGCACCAAAGAAGGCAAAGAGGAGGCAGGCAGCCGGAGAAGGUGGUUCCUCCAAUGUGUUCUCCAUGUUUGAGCAGAGCCAGAUUCAGGAGUACAAAGAGGCUUUCACAAUCAUUGACCAGAACAGAGACGGUAUCAUCAGCAAAGAUGACUUGAGGGACGUGCUGGCCUCAAUGGGUCAGCUGAACACCAAGAAUGAGGAGCUGGACGCCAUGAUCAAGGAGGCCAGCGGCCCCAUCAACUUCACCGUCUUCCUCACCAUGUUCGGAGAGAAGCUGAAGGGUGCUGACCCCGAGGACGUUAUUCUUACCGCGUUCAAGGUCCUGGACCCCGAGGCUACUGGAAGCAUCAAGAAGGAAUUCCUCGAGGAGCUCCUGACCACCCAGUGCGACAGGUUCUCCAAGGAGGAGAUCAAGAACAUGUGGGCCGCCUUCCCCCCAGAUGUUGCCGGCAACGUAGACUACAAGAACAUCUGCUACGUCAUCACACACGGAGAAGAGAAGGAGGAGUAAAGAGAACGCUAGAAGACAAGAAAUCCAGCAAUCCCUUUGCUUUUCUGCCUUCCCUGCCCUCUCCUUUCCUCCUCUUCCUCUUCGCUCACCUUCUCUGUAAAACCCAUGUGCUCAGCCGUUCGUGGUCAAACCAAAGACUUGUCACGCUGGCACAUGUGAGGGCUGCUGCCCAUGGGGUGUCUAUGUUUGCUUAUGGGGAAUAGGGGUGAUUUUCAAUAAAAGGAUCCUGUGACACCAUUUCCAUCCUGCAAGCUUUUCUCAAAAAACUUUUCUUUCCUUGCAACCACGUUGUGUCUUCUCCCCUCUGUAUCUCUGUCUGCCCGGUCACGUCCUCUGCUUCCCUCAGCAUCUGAGGGGAGGUCAGGUUUACUACUGGGAGGAGGGAGCACGCGAGGACCUCAUUCCAAAUUUUGAAGAUGUCCUCUCGGGUGUAAGAGGGGAGAGGAGAGAGAGCAGUUGCAGGUUAGAAAGGGGA